AGGUCGGCAAGUUUUGUGUACUCCUGGCAUGAAUACAUGAAAUGAUCAGUCCAAAAUAACAAGAAGGGAAAGUGAAAGGAAGGCCUGCGAUCAGACAAGAGAGAUGAGUUUUGCACUGCGUGAAACCUGUAUUGUUCCGUUGAGUCUGUUGCUUUUCGUGGAAGUUCUAUCGAUCAAAGACUGUUGUCCAAAGCCUUUGGAUCCUGAUGCGUUUCGCAAUGUUAGUCAGCUGAUCACAAAUCGUGGCUACCCAGUGGAAGAACAUUAUGUGACCACCCUGGAUAAUUUUAUACUUGGUAUUCAGCGCAUUCCACAUGGACAAGCUCAGAGAACUCAGGCCCAAGCGGUCCCCAAACCUGUGGUGUUCCUACAGCAUGGCCUCCUGGCGGACUCCUCUAACUGGGUCCAAAAUUAUCCUUGGGACAGCCUGGGCUACAUCUUGGCGGACAAUGGUUUCGAUGUAUGGCUCGGUAACAUCCGGGGAAAUAGAUACUCAAGAAGCAAUCUUGACCUAAAACCUUCCCACAGAAAAUUUUGGGAUUGGAGUUUUCAGGAAAUGGCACAAUAUGACAUUCCCGCCAUGUUGGAACACGUAUUGAAGGUCAGCGGUCAAACUCAACUGUUUUACAUUGGCCACUCUCAAGGAACCUUGAUCGGUUUCACGGAAUUCUCAGCCAAUCCUGAACUAGCAAAGAAAGUAAAGUUGUUUAUUGCCUUGGCACCCAUUUUCUACUUGAACCACACUGCGGCAAUAUUGAGAGACUUGGCUUUUACCCUGAAUCCCAUUGAGCAAUUUCUUCAUCCUCUUGGCGAGAGCGAGUUCUUGCCUGGCCGAGUGCUUCAAAAACUCUUAGAUAUUGGCUUUUGUGGCGGCAAAUGGUCAGAGAAAGUUUGCUAUGAUAUCGGGGAGCUUGUGUUUGGUUUCGAUGACAUCAACAACAAUAUGAGCCGGGUUCCGGUCUAUUUAUCGAAUUGGCCAGCGGGUACUUCCUUGAAGAACAUCAUUCAUUUUGGCCAGCUCAUAGUAUCGGGAAGGUGUCAGAAGUUUGACUAUGGAAGGAAAGGAAACCGACAGCAUUACAAUCAGGACACGCCCCCUGUUUACGACGCAACGAAGAUGACCACUCCUACGGUACUUUUCUUUGGCGGCCAUGAUACACUGGCAAACAAAACAGAUGUUGAAGCUCUAAAGUCUAAAUUGUCCCACCUUAAAUAUUACGAGUAUCUCAGUAAAUGGAAUCACAUCGAUUUUGUCUUUGGAAUAAACGCCAAAGAAACUUUAUACGACAAGCUUGUUGAUAUCAUAAAAGGAGCUCUUUUGGCAUAGCAAUGAAGUUAGCAACGGCAGUGCACAUCUGAGAUGAAGGAUACUGUGUGAACAUAACUGAGUAUUUUGACAUUGUCAAGGACUUAUGGGAAAAUUGAGUGUGAAUCUAAACAUCGUGUAAUAUAUCAAACCUGAUUAGUGGACAGCUUGUUUCACAAGUUUCUAAACAGCGCAAAGCAUUUGAAAAACGACGAGUAGCGGGAAGGCCCUCGUUAGAAAUCUAUAAAAACACGCUCUGGAAUAUUCUGUGACAUUUCUUUUCAAUUGGAAGGAAAACUCAUUACAGAAUGGAGGGAAAAAAUAAAAAAAAAUGUGUAUCGCAGUCAAGAUCCGAGAGUUCGAUACUAGCAUCCCCAAGAGAUCAUAGUUACCGCCUUUCCUUAUUGUCAAAGAAAUUUGUUCAGGCUAAGAGAGGCUUAGAUCUCAUCACUUAUUAAGAUAAUUGACUAUUUUCACGAGUAUUAAAUUAUUGAUGAUGAAAAAUUAUAAAGCAUACUUGCCAAUGAAAGUCUAA